CCGGCCCCGCCGCUCCGCGUGCCGAUCAGCGCAGAAACUCAGGAGACAAAGACAAGUCCUUCCACAAUGUCGUACAGACGAGAACUAGAGAAAUACCGUGACCUGGAUGAAGACGAAAUCCUUGGAGCCCUAACAGAGGAAGAGCUCAGGACCCUGGAAAAUGAGCUGGAUGAGCUGGACCCUGAUAAUGCACUGCUGCCCGCAGGCCUGAGGCAGAAGGAUCAGACCACCAAGGCGCCCACAGGCCCCUUUAAAAGAGAGGAGCUCUUGGAUCACUUGGAAAAGCAAGCAAAGGAGUUUAAGGACCGAGAAGAUCUGGUCCCCUACACAGGGGAGAAACGAGGAAAGGUCUGGGUCCCCAAGCAGAAGCCAAUGGACCCCGUACUGGAAAGUGUGACGCUGGAGCCAGAGCUGGAGGAGGCCUUGGCAAAUGCUUCGGAUGCAGAACUCUGCGACAUCGCAGCGAUCCUGGGCAUGCACACGCUCAUGAGCAACCAGCAGUACUACCAGGCCCUGGGCAGCAGCUCCAUCGUGAACAAGGAGGGCCUCAACAGCGUGAUUAAACCCACACAAUACAAGCCUGUGCCCGACGAGGAACCCAAUUCAACAGACGUAGAGGAAACACUGGAGCGGGUAAAGAACAACGACCCGAAACUUGAAGAGGUCAACCUCAAUAACAUCCGGAACAUCCCCAUACCCACGCUCAAGGCGUACGCAGAAGCCCUGAAGGAGAACACGUACGUGAAGAAGUUCAGCAUUGUGGGGACCCGGAGCAACGACCCCGUGGCCUAUGCCCUUGCUGAGAUGCUCAAGGUGAACAAGAUCUUGAAGACACUGAAUGUGGAAUCCAACUUCAUUUCUGGGGCUGGGAUCCUGCGCCUGGUGGAAGCCCUCCCAUACAACACUUCGCUGGUGGAACUGAAAAUCGAUAACCAGAGCCAGCCCCUGGGCAACAAAGUGGAAAUGGAGAUCGUGAGCAUGUUGGAAAAAAAUGCAACACUUCUCAAAUUUGGCUACCACUUUACCCAGCAGGGACCCCGGCUCCGGGCAUCCAACGCAAUGAUGAACAACAACGACCUUGUGAGGAAAAGGAGGCUCGCGGACCUGACUGGGCCCAUCAUUCCCAAGUGCCGGAGUGGCGUCUAAAUGUGUGGAGGUGAAGACCAUGCCUUUGAACUGGACAUGUUCUACCGACAACCUGUGCUCUGCAGUGGAAACCAGAAGGCAAAAUGCCGGCACAAAACCCUUCUGUGGUUCAGUUCUUUAUGCACUAAGGUUUUAGGUUAAUUAGUGGUUGUAGUUGAAAAUUUUAUAAAAUAUGGUUAAUGUGAAGUUUUUCUUUAGUCACAGAAGUUCAGUCUGGUUAUUAUUUAAAAACUGAGAAGCCCUCAAACUGGCAGAUCUUACUGAAGAUGGCGUAGUAGCAGUGACUUAACCCCAGGAGCCCAGUUUCCGUGGCCUUGCUGUGCAGCGUUUCAGGUCCGUUUAAAAUGUGGGACACGUAAACAAACAGCACACUCUUCCACAUGACUUAGAAGUAUUAUAAAAUACUUUAUUACAGAUUUGAUCUUAGCUAUUUAGCAAACAGAACAAAUAAUUAACCCUCCUUUGAAAUUUAAAAAAAUUCAAAAUUAAAGUUGCCAAACUGAUUACUAGAUCAAGAACACAAUUUUACCUUCAAGAAAGACAGACAGACUGAAGCCACAGAACUCUGCCAGGAAUCAAAGAACAUGUUUGCUGGAUAUGAGGAAAUGACAGAAAAAGCCAAUGGUGAAAUGUCAAGUUUCAAAAACCAUCCUUUCCUUACCAAUCCCAGGCAACAAACAUGUCCCUGAGUGUUCUUUAGGAACAUUUGGUAUUUAUUUACAAUUUAACACUGGAGUCAGAAAGAAUGUUUUUCCUUACUGAAUGCCAGCCUUACAAUGGAUGUGAAAACCUACAGCCAAAUACUUGAAAACCCCUUUCUACAUUGCACAGUGGGCACACGGCACCUGUGAGGUCAACAGCAAGAGACAGAUCUCCAGUCCAUCGUGGCUAUGGAAUUUAGCACAACCAAGCAUGCGGACUUCAGCUACCUGUCUCGUCACUUAUUAGACAAAUCACCAUUGAUCUUAUGCCUGUAAACUAAGCCUCUGUGGGACAAUGGUGAAGAAAAUCCAGGUAUUAAAGAAUGGGGAAAUCCUGGCCAAAGCACCCCAAGAUGAUUAUUCUGAAAGUAUAAUUUUGAUAUUUCUGCUGGAUCCCUUUCUAACAACAUAUGCAUCUCUUGGGAUCCAGCAAAAAAGCCAUGUUGCCCUUGUGCCUUUUAAUAUACCACAGUGCCAGUUAAACCAGUAUUUCUGUCUGUUGCUUUGAGGAGUUAUUUUCAAUAGUGGUUCAGCAAAUCUUGUGAUAAAGGACAAGGCCACAGAGCUGCAGAGCACUGAGCAGAGAGGCUUCUGAUGAAAAAGGAAAAGUCCUGCACACUGAACUAUGAUAACGUGGGCAGUACAAGGGAACCAGGGGCAGAGCCAGGGCCUCACCACCAUGGAAGAGUGUCUACUGAGGCUGCAAAUGGGCCCAGGAGUGGCACCCUGCUGCAGCGACGACCAUCCCCACUCAGCUUCUCCUUGAAACACAACUGCAGCUGCAUUCUGCAUCACUGGAAACUGCAACGUAAUAUUAAAUCUGUUGAUCUGUA